CAUGCAUUUACUCUCUGGUGCAUGCUCCGGCUCCACCAAGGUGCUAAGAAAGUAGCUUGGAAUCCAGAACUCCUUGGCGUCUGUGUGGCCUGAGGGUGUAAUUUCUUAUUCAUUCAGAGUACUGGUGGUGAUCAGUCAUGCCUGCGAGAAAGCCUGCCAAGAGGAAAUCAGAUGUUCCAACACCAUCAAAACAGACCAAAAAGGUCAAAGGAACUACUGUCACUCCAGAGGGGGAAGAGUCAGCGGCGGUGCAACACAGAAGCCAUGGGAAGGAGAAGGGCCUGGUGCUGGUGUUGGGCCAGGGAGACGUGGGCCAGCUGGGCCUGGGCGAGGACGUGAUGGAGCGCAAGAAGCCUGCCCUGGUCAACCUGCCCGAGGGGGUGCUGCAGGCUGUGGCCGGGGGGAUGCACACUGUGUGCUUGGGAGAAUCCGGAAAGGUCUACACGUUUGGCUGUAACGACGAGGGCGCACUGGGCUGGGACACGGCAGAGGAGGGCUCCGAGAUGUCGCCCGCCAUGGUUGAGCUGGAUGAGCGCGUGGUGCAGGUGUCGGCUGGGGACAGCCACACCGCCGCCCUCACAGAUAACGGCACCGUCUAUAUCUGGGGCUCCUUCAGGGAUAACAAUGGAGUCAUUGGACUGCUGGAACCAAUGAAAAAGUCGACCAUCCCUGUGAAAAUUUCCAUUAACCAGCCAGUGGUGAAAAUUGCAUCAGGCAGCGAUCACCUGGUGAUGUUAACUCAGGGUGGAGACUUGUACUCCUCGGGCUGCGGAGAUCAGGGGCAGCUGGGAAGAGUGGCGGAGUGCUUCGCCAACCGUGGAGGCAGAUUGGGAUUGGGGAGGUUGCUGACGCCACAGCUGGUCAUGGUCCAUUCCCGGGGAAAGGUCCGUUUCGUAGAUGCUUUCUGUGGUGCCUACUCUACCUUCGCCGUGUCAAAAGAUGGCCACGUCUACGGCUUCGGCCUCUCAAAUUACCAUCAGCUAGGAACCCAAAGCACAAAUGUGUGUUUCACACCUGUGAAGCUGACGGCCUUUAAGAACUCGACCACCGCCUGGGUCGGCUUCUCAGGAGGACAGCACCACACGGUCUGCAUGGAUUCCGAAGGGAAGGUGUACAGCUUGGGCCGGGCGGAGUACGGGCGUCUGGGCCUGGGCGAGGGGGCGCUGGAGAAGAGCGAACCCACACCUGUGCCAGGUGUUGACGGAGCCCAGGUGGUGGCCUGCGGAGCCUCCGUCAGCUACGCCGUCACCAAGCGAGGGUCGGUGUUCGCUUGGGGCAUGGGCACCAACAUGCAGCUGGGCACAGGAGAAGAGGAUGACGAGUGGAGCCCCAAGGAGAUGACUGGCAAGCAGCUGGAGGGGCGUGCAGUAUUGUCGGUGUCCAGCGGGGGGCAGCACACCGUGCUGCUGGUCAGGGAGAAGCAGGAGAGCUGAUGAGCCUCGCUCCUCUGCAGCACCCAGCGGCGAGAGGGAAAACAAACAGUGGAACUGUCGAGUCUGUGGGUAACUGUAAACAAAGCGUUUUUUUAAUCGGGGGCGAAAUGGUGUUGGUGCGCCUCCCUGCGCUGAGCCAAGCCUGUAAGAGAGGGAUGGUAGGGUUUUUAUGGCUGGAGGAGAAGAGGGGGGUAAAAAGGGCGUUUGCGGGGUCGGACUCCUGACCUGAGGAAACCCAACUUUCACUGGAUGUGAUCCGAUCGAUCAUGACAAAAAAAUAAUAAAAAAAAAAAAAAAGAACGAGACUAUUUUUAUAAAAACACAGGUUGUGCUUGAUUCUUUUUUUUUUUUUUUUUCUUUUUUUUUUAUUCUAAAAUCCUUUUUAAUGAGAGUGUAGAAUACCUUUCAGGGAAGCUACCCAUGUGUAUGUGUAUGUGUGUGUUUGCGCACAUAUCUGUUUGUAUUUGUGUGCGUUUUUGCGUGAGUAAGAAACAAAAAGCGAUGGAUCUUUUUAGCGACAAAUCGCACCUUUUAAGUUAAUUGAUCGGUCAAAGCAAUAAAGCAAGUUUCCCCUCACAGUUCAUCAUCCAUACACCAUUAAGGACACAAGCUGUACUUUGGAUGGCUCAAUGAUGUAUUGCAUUUAUUAAACUUUCCUUCAACAUUAAAGUUCAA